CCGUCCGCGCUGCACUUCAAUAAUUGCAGACGUUCAAGUCUCCGAAAUGCACGAAUUAUUACAAGAUCCCGGCUCCGUUGCGUGAGCAGCUCAUUACGGGCGCCACCUGCUGUCCGGUAAAAAUCAGCCAAGGACGAGUGAUUUCGCUACCGACAAGUGGAUGGGCGCGCGAGCGAGCGGCGUGAUUUCUGCCGUAGUUCGGCCUCUUCUCUCGCGGCCACAACAUCUCUCCACGUGCACUCAGCGGACUCCUCUGAUCGACCGAGUGCUGUGCCGCCGGCAAAGUACUUAGAGUUUCAAAAAGUUUGCUGCCCCGAAAAAUUAUAAGGAACACUUUACACAAGACUGUUUUUUGUGCUCGUCAUGCUCCAAAAUCCUGCGGUCGCCCACUAUUUUUGAGGUGAUGCUGCGAUAAAGACGCUCGAUGUCGCUGUCCGUGACAUUAAUCGCCGCAGCGACGUUUUUGCUCGCCGGCAACCCGGUGGGCAGCUCGACCGUCUACCAGGCUGCAGGUGUAAGCAGGCACUCGGAUGGAGACACCUUUUACCUGAAAAAGGAUGGUGCCGCUGUGGCCUGUUCGAGCACGCUGUGUGCCGACAGCAGGGCGUUGCCCUCUUUGGCGCCCACGGCCAGGAACAAGGACAAUCCACCCUGUUUCUGCAAGUGUCCGGCCGAAAGUCCCGUUUUCCGAGAGGACCUGCAUGUCUGCGUCGACGACUUCCACGAAUGUUCGCUCGCAUCGUUUCAAAAUGUGCAAAGGAAGCAGAGGAUUCCUUUCGUGUUCCUGCCGAUGAAAGGACAGAUUAUCCAUCCCAGCUCCGAUAUCGCUUUUAAUGCCGACGUGGGCGAGGAUCCAAUCUGCGUGGUCUCCAGUGCCCAAUUCCUGACCAGAAGUGGCUGGCUCGAACUGCGCAAUACCUCGGACACGGAGCCUCCCCUGCGACUGUUUCGUGACCAGCGACACACCUUCCUGCAGUGGCUGGGCGAGCAGGACCUGCGUUUCGGCAUGGAGGGACGAAUCCUCUUGGCGCGGCUGAUGUGCAAAGACCCCAAUGGCGUGCACCAUUCGUCACCGACCGACGACGGCCUGGGCGUAAUAACGCACACCUUUUCAACUCCGUGCAUCGCUUUCAGAGUGGCUGGAUCGCAGGGCGCGCGAGAGGUGAUGUUCACGUCAGACUACUCGCUGGCCGGCACCGGCGGCCUCCUGCACGGUCUGAUGAACCACGAGAAUAGGACCAGUGGCCUGAGCACCCUUGAAUACCUCGCAGUCGGUCUGUGCAUUAUGCUGCUGUGCUUAGUGUACGCCACUUCGGUCAUUGUCUACAUCCACGUCAGGCGCGUCCGGAGAAAGAAGAAGCGGUCGAGGAACGAGUCCGGAGACGACAGCGACUCGGAGCGAGGUCGCGGCAACGGCGGCUACGGCCACCGCACCGAAAUGAACUUGAUGAGCGAGGGUGUCGUUAAGAACAACCCCCUCCUGAUGGCUUCCGCCGGCAUCGGCAGCGAAAAUUUCACCAAGCUGCCCAGUUUGUUCCACAAGGCGGCAAGGAGCAUCCGUCUGCCGCGGGGCGACCUGCCUGAAAGUAUGGAGCGCGAUGAGGAAUCGUCGGCUGACGAGGAAGUAGCGCAAAGUUCUCCUCGGUCUCAACACAGUGGCGGGCGCCCCAACGUUGACAAUUCCUCUCCUUUGAUGAAUAAGAUCUCUGAAAUAAAGGUGCAAAUCCACCCAGAAUCGAGCAGCUCAAACGAGCCAGGGUCCAGUUCUUCGGGUGAUGAAAACCAGCACUCGCCGAACCUGCAGACUACUGGGAUUUACACGCUUACUCUUCAGCCACCAACAGAGAGUGGCAGUCUAGAGAGGCAUCCUGGUGAAAGUGUUUCGAUCGUCGAGACUUUGGAUGAGGCGAAUGGCAGAGAUGGACGAGACUAUUCUUUUUUAGGAGGCCGUCAUACAUUUAACUCAUCUGGAAUGGGCCUGCCUGAAUCAGAAUCCGGCUGUAAUGGCGCCUGCAAUGGCUCCCAGUCCCACUCAGGUCAUCUCCUUGGUGGCAGGAAGAAAUUGUACUUCAAUCCUGCCUACUUUGAUCCGGAAAUGCUGCAGUCACCACCACCAGCUGCCGUUGAAUUUUUGCAAAAGCUCAGAGAAGUCGUGGCCAUGUCAAAAAUAAAAAUCGCGGCCAAGAAAUAUAACCCGAGUCUCAUGGGUAUUCCUGAGGAAGGAAACUCAAUUGUUUCUAGCAGAACCAGUCAGAGCGUCAACGGGUACACCAAACAAGAAAAUUGGCGAGUCGAUGCAACUCCCGCCGGUGAAGGAACGUCCGCUUGUUUGCCUCCAAGUCUGGAUGUCUGCGGUAGUAAACAGCAAACAAUCAGGAGGUGGUUGGAGGAUUUGGACUCUGGAGAGCCUGUCGAAGACCAAGUUGAAAACGAGUCCGUGGAAAAAGAACCUGAACUCCCUCCAAUGGUGAAGGAACCGUCCAUUGAGGCACCGAAGAAGCCCGCCAGGGUCAACACGAAGCCGCCCCAGCCCAAAAGACUGAUGGACGCGGUCAUAAAAGAACUAGUUCGUGAAAGAGGUUUGCUUGGUGAGGACGUGCCUUCAAGUGAGACCACAACCAGUGGAGAAAAGUCUCUGGAAAGCACACAGAAUGAAGCAGAGGAAAAUCCUUAUGAAUUGAUCGCAGUUAGUCAGCCUACGACGGAAACUCCUAACAAGAGGCCGCCGCUAAUGAUGUACUGCCUGCCCGAGUUGUUAGCCAAAACAUCCGGCUACAAUUUGGUUAGUGAGGUUUACGUCAAUGACGACUACAGUUGCAGCAGCAACCAGUCUUCCUCAUCAAACUCCACAAUCAACCGACACACAAUCAAACAAAGGCCACCAAAGAAUUCAAUUGGUACCCCGUCGGACACCUCAUCUCCAACUUCCUCUGUUUCUGAACAGUUGGAGAACAAUGCCGAAGCAGAGAACUACCCCGGUAGUUUGACAAUCAAAUUGCCUGAGGCGCCAGCACAUGAAUAUGUAGAGAGGCGAGAGGAGGAUCAAUUUGAACCAGACACUCUGGACCGGAAUAGAAAGAACUCUAAGCACAGCCUCCAUGAAAAUGAGAACUUAUGUGCCGACUCUUUGGAAAGACCGAUGAAAAUUCAGUUGAAAAGCUCUGGAAGUUUCUUCGCUGAUGCCAUGCACGAGCAGCAUUCUUGGGGUUCAUCAGUUGACGUUUGGGCCUAUGGCGAGGCAAAGAAGAGAAGAGGCCCUAGCAGUAUAUCUGACUUGAGGAGCAACAACAUCGCAAUUCUCCCUAACCUAGGAAAUUCCCAAAAUACAGGUUUCGGAAGCCUGAGAGAAAUCUUUGAGGCAAAACGCCAGCAGCAGAUGAUGAUGCAGUUUGAAAAUAUUCUCGCAGGGCCACCUGGUGAUUUGGGCAAAGGCAGAGCUGCCAGAUCUCUAAUUGCGCCAAAUGAAAUGCGGAUCCGAGCCAACGGCAUGGGACAAGCGUCCAUUGACGACAUCAGGCAAAUGAUGUGGAGUGCCACGCCUGAAGUUUUGCCCAGGCCGAAGCCGAAACCCAAGAGGCAGCGGACGGCAGACGGAUCUGCAUGUCCUCCCACGCCUCCGCCGCCGGUGCCACCCUCCAUCGGCAGCAUUCCUCCUUCUCUACCUCCAAAACAGAAACACAACCACACCAGCAAUCCUCCUCUUCCGCCACGUGAACCAACCAAGCCAGUCCUGCCCCCGAGUUUGCCGCCAAAAAACUUGCGGGGCUGCAGAAGUCCACCUCAGACGAAGAAGCCGCCGCGUCAAAUGCCGCCACAACUCCCGAACCUGAUUACGAGCCACUCUGCCCUCCACAGGGCUUCUGCGGACAGCGAAGAGGAUGAUCACAACGAAACCAAGGAGGGCAACUUGGGCAAACGCGUGGAGGGCUCCAUCAACAACGCUUUUUCCAAGUGGAAAAAGACCAAGUGGGAGCAGGAGACGAGCAUCAAAAUGCCGAACAGACCUGGAGACUCUGGCUACCUCAGUUCCGACAGCAACAACUCUCUGAAAAGGGUAGCUGACGAGAUGCGGGACCAGAGCAGCGAGGACGAGGGCGAGUCUCUCUGCGAGGCUGGAAGCGAAUCUGGCGCUGAGAGUGUGGGUACUGAUUCCUUUUUUUACAAUAAAGCGAGACCACAAGACUCUGUCAACUUCGGCGAGAAAAGGCGCGAAGUGAAUGUUCUGCUGCCGCACGUGAAGAAAAAGCAGCCGCCGCCACCACCGAAAAGGGUCAACAGCAAACUCGAGCCCCAAGUACUGCAGAAGAAUAAUCUCGUCCGAACUAAUUUAAGUGCCAAGUAUGGCUUGUAAAAAACUCAUAUAGUCAUAAUAGUAUUUUGUAUAUACUCUGUAAAUAAAGGGGAAAAUACCCUCCUUGAAAUUAAUACAAUUUAAUUUGUAAAUAAUAUGCUCAAUUCAAUGUAUUAUGCCUAAAAGCAUAUAUUUGUGAUCUAUGAAGAGCGGGAGAUAUUUUUAAAUGUGUUUAAAUUUAUACCACAAAAUUUAUUAACGUUGAUUAUUUGAGUAGAUUAUAAUCCAAAUAAAAUGAAAUA